GCUCCCACCUUCCGCCGCCGCUUUGAGGCAAGCCGGAGCGACGGGGGUCACGGCGGGGGUCAGAGGGUAAAGGUCCUGCUCCCAGCAGCCUCCGCGGUGGAUACGUCGCCAUCUUGGAUCCGCGGGACAAGAAAAUUCAUGCGAGGGAGAACUGGUGGGCGGUCCUUCCUGUGACACGACCUUUGAGUGACAGUUCUAUUUGAUUGCCUCCAGUACUGUGAGGAAAGGACACGACUCUAUGGUGAGGACUGAUGGACAUACAUUAUCUGAGAAAAGAAACUACCAGGUGACAAACAGCAUGUUUGGUGCUACAAGAAAGAAGUUUGUAGAGGGGGUCGAGACCGACUACCAUGACGAAAACAUGUACUACGGCCAAUCUUCUAUGUUUUCACAUCGGUCAGAAAAAGAUAUGCUGGCAUCACCAUCUACAUCAGGUCAGCUGUCUCAGUUUGGGGCAAGUUUAUACGGGCAACAAAGUGCACUAGGCCUUCCAAUGAGGGGGAUGAGCAACAAUACCCCUCAGUUAAAUCGCAGCUUAUCACAAGGCACUCAGUUACCGAGCCACGUCACGCCAACAACAGGGGUACCAACAAUGUCACUUCAUACGCCUCCAUCUCCAAGCAGGGGUAUUUUGCCUAUGAAUCCUAGGAACAUGAUGAACCACUCCCAGGUUGGUCAGGGCAUUGGAAUUCCUAGCAGGACAAAUAAUAUGAGCAGUUCAGGGUUAGGUAGCCCCAACAGAAGCUCGCCAAGCAUAAUAUGUAUGCCAAAGCAGCAACCUUCUCGGCAGCCUUUUACUGUGAACAGUAUGUCUGGAUUUGGAAUGAACAGAAAUCAGGCAUUUGGAAUGAAUAACUCCUUAUCAAGUAACAUUUUUAAUGGAACAGAUGGAAGUGAAAACGUAACAGGAUUGGAUCUUUCCGAUUUCCCAGCGUUAGCAGACCGAAACAGAAGGGAAGGAAGUGGUAAUCCAACUCCAUUAAUAAAUCCCUUGGCUGGAAGAGCUCCAUAUGUUGGAAUGGUAACGAAGCCAGCAAAUGAGCAAUCCCAGGACUUUUCAAUACACAACGAAGAUUUCCCGGCAUUACCUGGUUCCAGCUAUAAAGAUCCAACAUCAAGUAAUGAUGACAGUAAAUCUAAUUUGAAUACAUCUGGCAAGACAACUUCAAGUACAGAUGGACCCAAAUUCCCCGGUGAUAAAAGUUCAACUACACAAAAUAAUAACCAGCAGAAAAAAGGGAUCCAGGUGUUACCUGAUGGUCGGGUUACUAACAUUCCUCAAGGGAUGGUGACGGACCAAUUUGGAAUGAUUGGCCUGUUAACAUUUAUCAGGGCAGCAGAGACAGAUCCAGGAAUGGUACACCUUGCUUUAGGAAGUGACUUAACAACAUUAGGCCUCAAUCUGAACUCUCCUGAAAAUCUCUAUCCCAAAUUUGCAUCACCCUGGGCAUCUUCACCUUGCCGACCUCAAGACAUAGACUUCCAUGUUCCAUCUGAGUACUUAACGAACAUUCACAUUAGGGAUAAGCUGGCUGCAAUAAAACUUGGUCGAUAUGGAGAAGAUCUUCUAUUCUAUCUGUAUUAUAUGAAUGGAGGAGACGUAUUACAACUUUUAGCUGCAGUAGAGCUUUUUAACCGUGAUUGGAGAUACCACAAAGAAGAGCGAGUAUGGAUUACCAGGGCACCAGGCAUGGAACCAACAAUGAAAACCAAUACAUACGAAAGGGGAACAUACUACUUCUUUGACUGUCUUAACUGGAGGAAAGUAGCUAAGGAGUUCCAUCUGGAAUAUGACAAAUUAGAAGAACGGCCUCACCUGCCAUCCACUUUCAACUAUAACCCUGCUCAGCAAGCCUUCUAAAAAGACUUCCCUUUUCUUGGGGUAUGGCUGUCUCAGCACAAUACUCAACAUAACUGCAGAACUGAUGUGGCUCAGGCACCCUGGUUUUAAUUCCUUGAGGAUCUGGCAAUUGGCUUAUGCAAAGGGUCACCAUUUGAGGUCCUGCCUUACUAAUUAUGUGCUGCCCAACAUCUAAAUUUGUAAUUUUUUUUUUUUUCUAGUUUGAGCAGGGUCUGAAUUUUUUUUCAUUUCUUUUUGCCAGCAGACAGACUUGGUCUGUAAAGACACGCAAGUACACUGAAAGAAGUUUACCAGUUAGUUUCUAAAAUGUAAAAAAGAAAACCCACAAAAGACUCAGCAAAAUUAGACCACAAAAUUUUCAUUGUUCAUUGUAGCACUAUUGGUAAUAAAAUAACAAAUGUUUGUGCAUUUUUAUGUGAGGAUCCUUCUCGUAUUUCAUUUGGAAAGAUGAGCAAGGUCUGCUUCCUUCAUUUUACUUCCCCUUCUGUUUAUGAAAGGCAGUUUCGCCAAGCUUAAUGCAGAAUAUCUGACUGUUUAGAAGAAAGAUAUUGCCACAAUCUCUGGACGGUUUCCAGGGUUGUGUUAUUACUGAGCUUCAUCUUUCCAGAAUGAGCAAAACACUGUCCAGUCUUUGUUACGAUUUUGUAAUAAAUGUGUACAUUUUUUUUAAAUUUUUGGACAUCACAUGAAUAAAGGUAUGUAUGUACGAAUGUGUAUAUAUUAUAUAUAUGACAUCUAUUUUGGAAAAUGUUUGCCCUGCUGUACCUCAUUUUUAGGAGGUGUGCAUGGAUGCAAUAUAUGAAAAAUGGGACAUUCUGGAACUGCUGGUCAGGGGACUUUGUCGCCCUGCAUAUUAAAGGGCCAGAUUUUCAGCAGCCAAGGACAUCCAUACCCAAGUGAAUGUGAUGGGACUUAAAGAAGUGAACUGAGACAAUUCACUCUGGCUGUUUGAACAGCAGCGUUUCAUAGGAAGAGAAAAAAAAAAAAAGAUCAAUCUUGUAUUUUCUGACCACAUAAAGGCUUCUUCUCUUUGUAAUAAAGUAGAAAAGCUCUCCUCA